UGGACGUACGGUGGUGAGACAGUGAGAGAGAGCGAGAUAGAGAAGAUGGCCGGAGGAGGUUUCACCGUUGACAGUAAUGUCUACGGUGUUAAUGCUCGGCUGACUGCAUCAGUGGUGAUAAGUUGUAUCGUUGCUGCUUCAGGUGGCUUGAUCUUUGGGUACGGUAUUGGAAUUUCAGGGGGUGUGACGACGAUGGUACCGUUUCUAGAAAAGUUCUUUCCUUCAAUACUAAGGAGGAUGGAAAAUGCCAAGAAUAAUACAUACUGCAUUUAUGAUAGCCAGGUUCUUACAGCAUUUACAUCUUCAUUGUACAUAGCUGGUCUGGUCGCAUCUCUCUUUGCUGGCCGCCUCACCAGAGCCAUUGGUCGCAAAUCCAUCAUGGUAUUAGGAGGUUUUACCUUCUUAGUAGGUGCAGCCAUCAACGGUGCUGCCUUCAAUAUCGAAAUGCUGAUCUUGGGUCGCAUCUUGCUCGGUUUUGGUGUUGGCUUUACUAACCAGGUAAGUGGGAUCUACCUAUCUGAAACGGCACCAUCAAAAUGGCGUGGAGCAUUCAACACAGGCUUCCAGUUGUUCAUAGGCAUUGGCGUCCUGUCAGCCUAUGUCUUCAACUUCUUCUCCGCCAAGCUCUACUGGGGCUGGCGCCUCUCCCUUGGCCUUGCAGCUGCACCUGCCAUAAUCAUGGGGCUAUGUGCCCUCCUCAUAUCCGACACCCCAAGUAGCCUUGUGCAGCGUGGCAAACUCGAAGAAGCCAGGAGAUCACUGCUUCGAAUCCGAGGAGUGGAGUCGGACAUUGAAGCCGAACUAAACGAUCUUGUGAAGGCAAGCGAAGCCACAAGUGCUGUAAACGAAGAUCCAUUCAAGUCCAUCUUUGAGAGGCAGUACCGGCCCCACCUCGUCAUGGCGGUGGCCAUACCUUUCUUUCAACAGCUGACGGGAAUUAAUAUUAUUGCGUUUUAUGCGCCUGUCCUCUUUCAAUCGGUUGGUUUUGGCAGCGACUCUGCUCUCUUAUCAGCCAUCAUUCUAGGCUCCGUCAAUCUCACCUCAAUCCUUGUAUCCACCUUCAUAGUUGAUCGGUAUGGUAGAAAAGUUUUGUUCAUGGAGGGCGGGAUCCAGAUGGUCGUCUGCCAGGUGACCAUUGCUUGCGUAAUAGGAGCCACGUUGGGGGUUUCUGCAAAUGAAUCCAUGUCCAAAGGCUACUCCAUUUUGGUACUGGUGCUCAUGUGUAUCUACGCGGCUGCAUUUAGGUGGUCAUGGGGUCCUCUUAGCUGGCUCAUACCCAGCGAAAUAUUUCCAAUGAGAAUACGUCCCGCCGGUCAGAGUAUAAGUGUUGCCGUCAACUUCGUGACGACCUCCAUUCUAGCUCAGACAUUCCUGACUAUGCUAUGCCACUUCAAGUAUGGCACAUUUUUAUUCUACGCCGGAUGGAUCACUGUGAUGACAAUUUUUGUUGCUCUCUUCCUUCCUGAGACCAAAGGAGUGCCGCUUGAGUCCAUGCACAAGGUCUGGGAACAGCAUUGGUUCUGGCAUAGGUUUGUUAGCCGGGCCCCACCGUCCGACUUACAAAAACCGACAGAUUGAUCAGUCACUCAGUCUUUAUUUAGCACGUUUCAGGCAGCAUUGAAGGUUUGGUGUGAAGGAUUUGUAGGAUUUGUACGCAUUUGUAGAGCAAAUUUAGAGUUCACAAACCAA